GAAAUUUAUUUGCGCAGCUUAAAGGCUGUUAAAAGUAUUAUUAAAAGAUAACCUAAAAACGUAUUUCAACAUUUCCAAACGUCGGUGUAGUGAAUGUGCAAUCUAAAAUAUAUAUAUUUAAAUUAAAAAAAAUAUAAGAAAACAAUGGAAAAACCUUUCCAGUGCAUAUUAUUCUUUUGUUUCAUAAAAUCGAUUGUUGGAAUGAAAGAAGCCUUCAUUCAGACGAUAGACUCCUUGAUUGGAGAAAAUGUUUACCUUCCAUGUAAUGUAACAACUAACGACGGUGAUGAAGCUAUAUUAGUUCUGUGGUACCGAGAUGACAAAGCUACUCCAAUAUACAGUGUGGAUAUGCGUGCUGGACUGUCAAAAGCUCCAAGACGAUGGUCCGACGAUGUGAUCUUUGGGGAAAGAGCGUUUUUUUCUUUCGAAAAUGAGCCUGGAAAACUUUCCAUUGAAAGCGUCCAUGCUAAUGACUCUGGAAUUUAUAGGUGUCGAGUGGAUUUCUUAAGGGCACAAACGUAUAACACCCGCAUAAUGCUUAAUGUGAUUACACCUCCCAAGCAAGUUGUCAUUCGUGACAGUGCUAAUGUUGAACGUUCAACAGUUGUUGGCCCCUACAGCGAAGGCGACAUUGUGGCAUUAAAGUGUCAAGUUUUUGGAGGCUAUCCAACACCAACGAUUACAUGGUAUCGGGACGAAGUUGAAAUACUAAGUGGCACAACAAGUUUAUCAGGAGGAAAAAUUCUUCAAAAUGAAAUUGAACUUGGACCUCUUAGACGGAGUGACCUCAAUUCCAAACUUGUUUGCAGGGCAGUGAACCAUCCCCGAGCAUCUAUAGUAGAGGCUGUAGUUCAGGUUGACAUGAAUUUUGCCCCUUUGAAUAUAAGAUUGCUUGGCGCUUAUCAACCGUUGUCAGCUGGACGCAGAUAUGAUCUUUUAUGCCAAAGUGCUGGAUCCAGGCCUCCUGCUGUAAUUACAUGGUGGCAAAACGGCGUUAGAUUGGAAAAAACCACCGAAACAACUUCGAGUGAUGGAAAUCAAACCACAAGCACACUCUCAAUAAACUUGAGCAAAGCCGAUGCUGGAACGUUUCUAUCAUGUAAGGCAUACAAUCAUGCUAUUCAUUCUGAUCCUCUAGAAGAUGGUUGGAAAUUGGAUAUUCAAUAUAUCCCCGAAGUUUACAUUCGAUUAGGAGCAUCUUUAGAUGCUAACGCUUUACGUGAAGGAACUGACGUUUACUUUGACUGUUUCGUGGUUGCUCACCCUCCGGUGUUUAGGAUUGAAUGGAGGCAUAACGAAAUACCAUUGGUACACAAUAUUUCCCAAGGAGUUGUUAUAAGUAACUAUUCUUUGGUUUUGCAAGGCGUAACAAGGGAUACGGCUGGCAAUUAUACUUGUGUCGGCUUUAAUGCUGAGGGGGAAGGUAUCAGUGUACCCUUCCCUUUGAAUAUACUGUACGCUCCAACUUGUGCUCAGAACCAGCCGAAAGUUUAUGGUGUUGCAAAACAGGAAGAAGCACAAAUAAAUUGCGUCGUUGACGCCAAUCCUCAUGAAGUAGAUUUUAGUUGGACUUUUAACAACUCUGCAGAAAACGUUGAUGUUGCGACAAAUCAUAUAUAUCGCUUGGGUACGACAUCGAUUUUAACAUAUACGCCAUUUACUGAACUGGACUACGGUACACUACUUUGUGUAGCCACAAAUAAGAUUGGCAGACAGCGUGUCCCAUGCAUAUUUCAUAUAAUUGCAGCAGGCCGACCUGACCAGGUGCAUAACUGUACAUUAUUGAAUAUAUCAAUGACAUCUUUGACGAUAACUUGUAGUGAUGGUUUCAAUGGCGGUUUAUCACAACUGUUUAUAUUGGAGCUUCAGGACGCUAAUAGCAAAGAAAUCAAAGCAAAUAUUACAUCAGCUGUGCCUAGAUUUACAGUUUCUGGCCUCGUUCCUGGCAAUGUAUAUGUGUUAUCAAUUUCCGCAUAUAAUUCUAAAGGUCGAUCUGAUCCAACAAUAGUUAAUGCUGCAAUGCUAAGAAUGCCUGAAAAACAACUAACAUUUGAACAAACCGACACACCACGAGCAGAAUUGUUGUUUUCACCAAUGGUUUCGUUAACAAUUGGAUUGACUUUAGCACUUUUCAUUGCAACAUUUGCUAUUAUACUCGCUCUCCGAAUUCCAUGCGCCGCAACUUCAAGAAGGCGACAGAAAGUGGCAUCUAUCGGCAUUGAGUCUAGAGAUGAUUCUCCGGUUCCGAGCGACCAAAGCGUUAAUAAAGAUAUCGAUGAAACCGAUGAAAGAAACCCAGACGUGAUUCCAGAAUUGAAUGAUUAUGAUGAACAAAAAGAAUGUGCCCGAAAAAAACAGCUUAUAUCUACAAUCGAUACCACUAUCAGUAAUCGUAGAAAUAUAUUGGUUAAAACCCCUCUGGAACAGAAUAUUGAUACGACAGAGAGGGCUUUUUGUGCGGCCCAUAAAAUUGGCUUUUGUACUUUGCGCAACGAAAGGGAACCUCAUCAUAUACAACCGAUAACAGUAGUGAAUGCGACUCCACAUGUUUAUUCGAAUGUCAUUGCUCAAUGCACGCUUCCCCGACAUUCGUAUCGAAAUGAUUGGCCUGGAUAUAAAAGCAACUAUGCAGUACAUUCAAAAUUUUAUCAAAUUUCGACUUCAUCAGAAAAGUCCGAAAUGCAUCUGACUCGAGAAUCGACGGAGGAAUAUGCAGGCUCGUCGUCAUCUGUAUCCAACAGUUCUAUAAUUUCAACGUCCAAAGCUUUUGCUCAACCUUAUAAUCGAACCAUAGCGUUACACCACAUAACGCAGGCCCAGUCCAGCAGUGUUAGUGUUGACACAUCAAGCAAUAUAAUUAACUCUAUUGAACAGAUCCAAUCCGAAGAUGAAGUUACCGUCCAAACUCCAUUAAUGAUAAAACGAGAUAGCUCUGUAUGACUAUAGAAUUUCCACGGAGCUUAUGAACAGGCUCUGUGAUUAUAAAUAAUAAUUCAUUUUAAUAAAAAUAACACAUUCAUAGAGUAGAUAUGUUGUAUCGCGAAAUUUAACAAUACAUUUUCAAGAAUAUUGCAACAACUAAAAUAUCCC